CACAUGCUCCUGUAAUACUAAAAGCAGUCAGCUUAAUUAAUAAAAGCGCGAUGGAUUUAUUAAAAUCAUUUACAAUGUUCCUCCUUUGGAAAAUUGUUAUCCAGUUUAAUUGCGUUCAAGCUUAUGUGAAUGUGAAUUACGCAAACCAUACGCAAGUGGGGAAAUUGCAACCAAAAACUCUUGAGACUCGAGCGGAGUUUCAGCCCCUGAACGAGUGCCGUCUACUACCGGAAAUCAGUAACAUCGGCGACAGUUUAGCGGCCAUGUUAACAACAGGCUCUUUUGAGCAAGUGAAGAUUCAUUUGGAAAUAGCGGGGGACGCGGGACCCUUCAACAAGGGCAGUCAUGGAAAAAUGUUGCAUCCGGGAUCUUGGGUGCUUACCACCGGAUCUAGCGGACGCGCGAUGCUGCUUUUAAAGGAAAACUCAGAAGAAAUGUCGCUGACUACACUAAGCUACGGCGUGACGAAGCUUAACAUCCCGAUACUUCAAAGCCCCGAAAAUUGCUUGGCACCUUUGGCUGACCUCCAAGCAGAGAAUCUCGUUCGGAGGGCGAUCCUCACAGGCUUCGGGAACAGCUCAGUUGCGAUCCUUGAAGGGGCGGAAGUGUGCAGCCGGUAUAUUUACGUCAAUCGGAAUAACUCCGCCAAUUGGGUCUACAAAUGUUGCAGCCUUUCUCUUAGGAAUACAGUUGACUGUUACAGACUUCAAACGCCGGCGUGGCAGUCUAUUUUAAUGAAAUCCGUCGUGGUAGCCGUUUUGAUAAUGAGUUCGAAUCUCAUCCCGAUGUGUUUUCCCAAAAUGCGUUCGCAAUUCGUCACGUACCGCUUCAUUACCCAAAGUGAAAACAGACUGGUCAUUCGCGUACAAAAGCUAAUCGGUCGAAUGGCAGAUACUGGAGGACGAUUUGUUCGAACUGAGAUACCAUCAUCAUCGCAUUUCACUGAUUUCAAAGAAAUAAUCGACAGUGUGAGACCGAAUAUUCCGGUGGAAAUAACAAUUGAAAGAGCGGCUCUAAGUUUCAAUCGGAACAAACUUUUAAAAGAGGGCCAAUCGCCCGUAAGUAUAUUAUCGUUUCUCUGGCAUUUCUUAAUACGCUGUAAGCUACGUCGCGAAAUAUUAUCGCUUCGAAGUUGCUGCGACGCAAAUGGAAUGUGCUGGGCCAAAUGUAUGAUUCCAUGGUACGAUUGUGCUCAAACGCUGAUGCACUUGAUCGUGUGUGGCUUGUUAUGCGCGCCGUGGAUUUUCAGGUACUGGUUCUAUUACAACUACGAAAUGAAAAUCUUUAAGGAACAACAGGACGCUUUCUCGAUAAGAAAUUCGACGUCACCAUACACUGAAAGCAUCGUUUGCUCAUUUCCUUAUAUCGGCGGAUUUAUUGUACUCGAGACACUGCUAUGGUUCGUAUUUUCUAAGUUAACAAAAUUAUCAAAUCUGAAGAUACUAAAAAAACUUAAACGAAAGUUGGAAUUCCCCGUGCGAAAAUGUCUGUACGAUAUGGAAAUGACGAACGUUCUGGACGUAUGCGGCGAAUGUACAAAAUACGCAGUAUGGCCACAAGAAAAGUGCGGAUUGCCCGGCUGUUUGGUUUUCCCGUUGUGGUCACUGGUUAUUGCAUGGAGUUGCACUAAAAUCGUUAUCGCAGCUUUCCCCAUCGUAAAUCUAUUUCUACGGAUAUUUUUUAACCUUAUAGUACACGUAAUUGGCACAAUAAGCCCUGUGUAUGCAAGCAUACUUCGAAGUUCGAACGUCAUAAGCUUCGUUUUUUGUAACAUGCUUUUUCAAGAGGAAAAGUUUAAUAUUAUUGAUCAAGAAGAAAACCAACAGGACAGAAAGCACCAUGGCAUUAACGCUUUAGCGCUCGCCUCGGCUCUGGCGACUAUAUGUUGUCUAAUCUUACUAGUAACGGAAUGCAUAGCUUUCUGCGUGGAGUGCGCGGUUUAUACGCUAGUUGGUAUCAUUUUGAAUCCUUCGGAUACAAUGACCGUUUUUACUUUCGUUCUCUGGACCACCGUAUAUUGCUAUGACUGCUUCACUUCGGCGCAUUUCGCGUACUCGACGUUUUGCAAGACGAUUCAUUCGGAGAUAAGAGAUUCGAUCGAAAGCAAUGAGUUUCAACACGUUUCGACUGAAUCUGAACAGGAACAGGAAAAUACGGCGUUUCAAGUUCGAAGUACUACACCUAUGGGAAGUGCAGAGCGGAUGAAAUUAGUGUGCGGGACCGACAGAGUUCUGCAAUGGUACGCGCAAAGAGUCUGCCUCUUUCUGGACAGGUAUCAUAUGCCCUAUAUCCCAAAACGGAUGUUAUUCGAGAUGGCUAAAAUCGACCACUCCUCGUGUCCCAAAAAGCUCCAUAUCAUCUACUUGAACUCUUUAAUCGAUUUCAUAAAGGUCUUUGUCUUCUUGCUCUUCAAUUUAGUCGUUAUUAAAGCCGUCGGGGAAAAGCAGGGCCUGUAUUCCGGAAUGCUGGGUAUUGCUGUGGUCGCAAGCGGCCUUGUGCCACUGGCGUUCCGCAAGGUAUGGACCAGUGCGCACGAAAAACCAACGGUCGAGAAAAACCGAGAAUGGAAGAAAGCUUUACGGAUAGCAAUAGAGGAAUACCAACAGAAUUGGGUGCUCGCAGGAAUUCAGCCGGUUAAAGAUCAACAGGUAGACGGGGUGGCCUAUCAUCGCAGGAAUGACAGUGAACCACUCGCGGAAGACACACGUGAAACAGCAGAUUGGCAUGAACUCGCAGUUUGUAAUCAACCGGAGGGUCAAGCGGUGUCACAAACAGAAUUAUUAAUUCAAGGGUCCCAUCCCAUGCAUUGCGUGUAUGCAGAUACAGAUCUCGUGGUGGUGCAGAAUACUAAAGAUUUGCGCAUGUAUUACAAAUAUUAUGUUCUUAGUAAGGAAACUCUGACAAACGGUAGACUUGAAACGAUUGUUUAAAGAUAAAUCUGUAUAUUAAAAGAUUUUAGGCCGUCUUUUUUCCCAGCAUUGUUAAAACAUGCUAUUUGCUUUUUUUAAAUACUGAUUAUUAUCGCAAUAUGCAUUUUCAUUUCAUCUUGUGUCAAUUCGACAUUUGAAUAUGUGAUGUCAAUGUGAUGCUUUUUUAUGAUACUUCAAUCGGACGAUCAAGCGGUGUCGCAAAGAGAACCAUAGAGACACAUUCUUAACAAAUAUGAAAAGAUGACAUUGAUCUCCUACCUCCGCGAAGAGAUUUGAUUGGAAACAGCAUAGCUGGAUAAUAUCCCUGCCUUCAUAGCCAACCGCCUGAUGAUAAGCCACGUGGUACACUCAUUUUACCGUUAUUUGUUAUUUUAUAAUUUAGGUAAUUUAUUUGUUAUGAACCUAAACUUAUACAAUAUUUUCAAAAUAUAAAAGAACAUGAUAUAACUUUUCAUAAUAUAAUACUU